AUGGCAACUACAGACCCCGCACAGUCGACGCUGUACCCCAAGAUCACGACACACAUUCCUGAGAUCAUCGAACAGUUGCGACGCUCGAACCGCGACCCUACUCAUCCAGAAAGAAACAUCACUGUGGACCCAAUACCUUUCGUGGGUACUGUCAAACUUCAUGGCACGCACGCAGAUAUCCUCAUAUACCCUGAUAACCGCAUCGUGUUCCAGUCGCGCAACAUAAGUGGUCUGUCCGUCGCAAAAGAUAACCAAGGAUUUGCGGCAGAUAUGUCAGAGAAGACCGCCGCCGUACUUGGACUGCGAGACAUUUAUCUGGCACGGUGGAGAGAGUUGAAUCCCGGCACACCAAUCGAAGAAGAGUCGCCCAUCGUGAUUGCCGGUGAAUGGAUAGGCGAGAAGAUCCAGAAAGAUGUCGCCAUUGCCCAACUAUCCCGCCGCUUCGUCAUCGUCUCGGUUAACAUCAAUGGUGCAUGGCAGAAAGAUGAAGAGUACUCUGAUAUCUGCUUGCCGGACUACGAUAUCUACAACGCAUUACGCGCCGGCAUCUUUCACACAACACUCUACCCAGACGACUACGAACACACAGUAUCAGAAAUCGAACGCAUGACCGAAAGAGUCGCCGCUCACUGCCCUUUCGCAGCGACUUUCAGUAUAUCCGGCUUGGGCGAAGGCAUUGUCUGGAAACCUGUAGCCCCUCAAUACAACGCCGACACCUCUCUAUGGUUCAAAAGCAAAGGAGGAAAGUUCAAGCCUACAUUCUUCCGCAUCCCGAAAUCCAUCGAAGGUGCCGAUAUCAUCAAAGAGCGACGCAAAGCAGCCGCAACGGUAGCAGUUGCGUGGUGUUCGCAGCAGCGAUUAGAACAAGGCUGGGAUGUAUUGCGCGAGAAGGGUGUUGAGCGGGACGUCAGAGCACUGGGCGAAUUUUUGAAGUGGAUACAACAUGAUACUUUGGAGGAAGAGAAGGAGCAUAUCAAAGAGCAUGGUGUGGAUGAGGCGGCGUUGAAGAUUGAGAUUGCUAAGAUUGCUAAGCCGUGGUAUAGGGCGAAGGUUAGGGAGCGAGAUGCCAACUGA